AUGCGUAGCUUUGAGGCGCUUAUAGAGAAUCAUGUUGGAGCCAACUUCAAGCCAAAAACGUUGCGCUAUCUCUUUACGAGGCUUUCUGACACAACUGAAUUUCCAGACCUCCCUUUCCGAACUGGUGUCAAACGCGACCUAGCUGAGCAGGUAUAUAAUGCUAUUUGUACUAAUCAAGAAGUAAUUUACCCUGCUAAUCUGGAAGUUGCCGACACUCGCAAAACCUCAAUCAACAACAAUCUUAUUGAUGAAUGCCGUCAAAGAUUACAUGGCUUGAACCUGACUGAAGCAAAUUACUAUGCUAGAUCUCACUUGUAUUUGCCGUGGUUAUACCAUGUUUUAGAAAGAAUGGAGCAGCAAGUCAUCAUUCGUGAGCCAAUGUUGACGCACGCCGUCUGA